AUGCUGCUUAAUAGUAACUAUCAUAUAGUUUACGAACAAAUCAAUAUUCAUCAAUUCCAUUGGACGCCGAUCACAAAGGUCCGGAUUUCUGAAGGCUCGAGCACGACCGUAAAGUUGCUUGAAGUGCGGUUUGGUCUUUCUGGGAAGAAUUUUCGACUAGCGUUCCGAUUUCCAGCCAAAGUCAUUUCAGUAAUGUUGACGACCUUGAACUGAGUGAAAAGGUCAUCCAAUACGACACUCAUGGGUUUGCUGUUGUCAAAAUCUUCUUGAUUUUGGAAAAUAUGUUCGAGACGUAGCAAAAGGCUUCGACGGUGCCAUCGUUCGAGCGUCAUCAAAUGGACGAAUGGUGGAAGUGAUCGUCGCAGAGCGGAAAAUUUCAUACGAUAGCGUCGAGCGUAGUCACUCGCGUUUUUCACAGGAGCAAAUGUCAAUUGGGGACUGUGGAAGAUGUCGACUGCUAACGGUCGAUGAAUGGCAGCAGCUGUCUUCGUUUCUCCGAGUAGUACGUAAUGAGUUCCACGCGCUACCAAACCACUGCCGUAACCAGGCUCGUCAAGAGCCUCUUCGACCCCCCAGUGAUCAUCUGCGAAACAACGUCGAUGUAGCAUGAUUUCCAAUCCGCCGUCAAGCACUGUUGCACCUUCAGCUCGAUCAGUCAAAACAGUCAGUUGUCGUUUGUCAUCCUUUAUAAAAGCCCUAUUAGUAACUGGAUAAUAAUUACCAGAGACCGGUUCCGAGUCCACAUACUUAAAUGAAGGGUUGAAAUUUUUCUGUCGUUUCAUCAUCUGCCGUCCAUUCGAGUCCGUGUAGAAGACGUCGGCAUUCUUGAUAUCGGUGAUGUAUCGAGUGACAAUUUCCUUCGUUACGGGAUUCUUUGCCUCCUUCGGAAUCGGACCGAUAAUCCAGUCGAACUCAAUAGGCUUGGUGCCCUUUUUAAGCCUUAUAACUUGCGCAAUCCACGAGUUGAAGGUUUGACGUACCUCUUGCACAAGAUCGCCCUUGAUCACUUCCAACUGAGCUUUUUCCACUUUAAUCGCGUCUCCAUCUGGGCGAAAAACGUAAGCGCCCGAUGGUUGAGUAUCAUUCAUCACACCUUUGUAAUAGAAAAAUUGUUGACGGAAUGGGUAGGUCUUAUUCGAUGCCUUUUCAGUGAUCGACGAAACCAGCCCAUUUUCAUCGAAUAACAGGGAAAUGUCCUCGUUCUCGAUUGUUACCAAUUUCUCCUUCACAAUCUUACUGGCUAAUAACGGAGUGAUGGCUCGUCUGAAAUUCAAAAAUUGUCAAACUGAUGACUAUCAAUUUUGUGUUGGGUCUGGGAGAAAGCAAUGA